AUGAAGGGAGACUUCUCAGAAAUCCAGCUAUGGCGUCAUGGUCAACGGUUCCCUCAUAAGCUCGCCAGUCACUUACCUCUACCCGCUCUUGCCGUAUCCGGAACUAUGUUAUUGUCCGGACUAGCUCAGGAUGUUCCCGCCGAGGAUCCGAUGCAUCCCAAGAAGUUCCUUCCAAACGACGUAGUUCUGUAUCAGUACGAAGCCUGCCCUUUCUGCAACAAAGUUAAAGCAUUCCUGGAUCACUAUGAUAUUGGAUACAAAUUUGUGGAGGUGAACCCCACAAACAAAAAAGAGAUAAAAUGGUCCGAGUACAAGAAAGUGCCUAUACUAACAGUUGACGGUGAACAAAUGGUCGAUUCAUUAGAUAUAAUUAAUAAGUUGUUCCAAAGGAUUCAUCCUGAGAAAUACCUUGAUUCUGUCCUAGACGGUGAUGAAGAAAGAAAAUGGCUUGGGUGGGUUGAUAAUCACUUGGUGCAUGUCUUAUCUCCAAAUAUAUACCAGAGUGCUUUUGAGGCUAUCGAAUCAUUUGACUAUAUCACAACCUAUGGAAAUUUCAGCUUCACAAAGAGAAUAAUAGCAAAAUAUGGCGGAGCUGCAGCCAUGUAUUUUGUGUCAAAGAAACUGAAGAAGAGGCAUAACAUCACUGAUGGACGUGUCGCCUUGUAUGGAGCUGCAGAAACAUGGGUGGAUGCUCUAAAGGGCAGGAAAUUCCUUGGUGGCCUGGAACCUAAUUUAGCUGAUCUAGUUGUAUUUAGUGUCUUGAGACCCAUCCGACACCUCAAGUCUGGGAGAGACAUGGUGGAACACACUGGGAUUAGCGAAUGGUACAAUCGAAUGAAAGCUGCUGAAGAUGGGAAUUGA